AUGGAGAACUUAAUACGGGGAAGGAGUCCCCCACAAUAUCAGAGAAGCCCUUGUAAAGAAGUUCGUGCAGCCCUUCGGAAGAGGCCUGAAGAGGAGUUGCAGUGCCUGGAGAUGACCACCAAACGGAAAAUCAUCGGCCGUCUGGUGCCGUGCCGAUGUUUCCGAGGUGAAGAAGAAAUCAUCUCAGUUUUAGAUUACUCCCACUGCAGUCUUCAGCAGGUGCCAAAGGAAGUGUUUAACUUUGAACGGACAUUAGAGGAGCUUUACCUAGAUGCCAAUCAGAUUGAAGAACUACCCAAGCAAUUGUUCAACUGUCAAGCUCUACGUAAACUAAGUAUUCCUGAUAAUGAUCUUUCAAAUCUGCCAACCACUAUUGCUAGUUUAGUUAAUCUUAAAGAACUCGACAUCAGUAAAAAUGGUGUACAAGAAUUUCCAGAAAACAUAAAGUGCUGUAAGUGUUUAACAAUUAUUGAAGCCAGUGUCAAUCCCAUUUCUAAACUCCCUGACGGCUUCACACAGCUUUUAAACCUGACCCAACUCUACCUGAACGACGCCUUUCUUGAAUUUCUUCCAGCCAAUUUUGGAAGACUUGUCAAAUUGAGGAUUUUGGAGUUAAGAGAAAAUCACUUGAAAACUCUACCAAAGUCAAUGCACAAACUGGCCCAGCUGGAAAGACUUGACCUAGGCAAUAAUGAAUUCAGUGAGUUGCCUGAAGUUCUGGAUCAAAUACAAAACUUAAGGGAGUUAUGGAUGGAUAAUAAUGCAUUACAAGUGCUCCCUGGGUCUAUAGGAAAGUUAAAGAUGUUGGUAUACUUGGACAUGUCAAAAAACAGAAUAGAAACGGUUGACAUGGAUGUUUCUGGAUGUGAAGCCCUUGAGGACCUCUUACUGUCAUCCAAUAUGUUACAACAAUUGCCUGACUCUAUAGGACUGUUGAAAAAACUAACCACUCUAAAAGUAGAUGACAAUCAACUUACACUGCUACCCAAUACAAUAGGAAAUUUAUCUUUGUUAGAAGAAUUUGACUGCAGCUGUAAUGAACUGGAGUCACUGCCUUCUACGAUUGGCUACCUUCAUAGUCUUCGGACAUUAGCAGUUGAUGAGAAUUUCCUUCCAGAAUUACCCAGAGAAAUUGGAAGUUGUAAGAAUGUAACCGUUAUGUCUCUACGCUCCAAUAAAUUAGAAUUUCUUCCUGAAGAGAUUGGACAGAUGCAGAAACUAAGAGUCUUAAAUUUGAGUGACAACAGAUUGAAGAAUUUACCAUUCUCAUUUACCAAACUUAAAGAACUUGCAGCUUUGUGGCUUUCUGACAAUCAGUCCAAAGCGCUUAUCCCUUUACAAACCGAAGCCCAUCCAGAAACAAAGCAAAGAGUGUUGACUAACUACAUGUUUCCCCAGCAGCCUCGUGGUGAUGAAGAUUUCCAGUCAGACAGUGACAGCUUUAACCCGACACUUUGGGAAGAGCAGAGACAGCAACGCAUGACUGUUGCCUUUGAGUUUGAAGACAAAAAAGAUGAUGAUGAAAAUGCCGGGAAAGUUAAGGUGAACCUUUUAGCUUUUGUUUCCUCUUUCUUCUUAUUAUGCUUUUUAUGUGCCCACUGUUAUUAUUCAAGUAGAUUUGGGGACAAAUUGAGUGGCUUCUUCUUGAAA